GCCCAACUGAAGAGAGAUUAGUUUGGUCUUGACCUUCUGGCCUGUCCUCAGUCCCUGGACUAUGUCCGAUAACAAUGGAAUGUAAAAACCUAGAUAAAGACUGUUACCUGCUGUUCGGGAGCCUGGGACUGGGAGGGUUCCUCCUCCUCCUCGUCAUCAUCCUGUUCACCUGCAUGUGCCGGUUCCGUCAGAGAAUGAAGAGACUGGAAAGGAAUUUCCAGGUCCCAGAGCAGGAGCCCCACUAUGCAUCUCUCCAGAAGCUGCCGGUGUCCAGCAGUGAUAACACAGAGAGAGAGGAAGGCGAAGGCAUGAAAGAAGACCCCAGCACUGACUAUGCCUGCAUCGCCGGGAGCAAACCCACUUGAGCGCCCCCAGAAGCCCCCCUCGCUCUGGGUGGGUGCCCAGAGUGGCCCUGUGUUCACCUAGUAAAGUCUGGCACCCGA